AUGACCAAGGCUGGAAUUCCCUCAAGGCAAAUUCUUUCAUCUUUGCGUCAACAGACCCCAGAUUUACCAGCAAUCUCCAGAACUAUAUAUAACGUGAAGAAAAAAAUACGAAAAGAAAAUUUAGGGAAUCAGUCCAUGAUCAAUGCAUUAUUUAAGGAGCUUGAAGAAUGUGGUUUUACAUAUGACAUUUCACAUAAUCCGAAGGGGUAUAUAUCUCGUUUGUUCAUUGCACAUCCUUUGUCGAUUAAAUUGAUAAAAGCCUUCUCUCAUAUCUUUGUGAUGGAUUGCACCUACAAAACCAAUAAAUAUAACAUGCCACUCCUUGAUAUCAUUGGUGUUUCAUGUUUCAAUACAUCAUUUUAUUCUGGGUUUGUUUUCUUGGAAAGAGAAGAUGAAGAAAAUUAUUCUUGGGCAUUACGUGCAUUUAAGGAGAUUAUCGGACAUGAUAAUCAACCGUGUGUGAUUAUGUCAGAUAGGGAAUUGGCGUUAAUGAAUGAACGUAUUAGCCAAUUACAAAAAGUAUUUUGGACCGAUAAGUUCUUGCACUUUGGCAACCGAUCUUCAUCAAGAGCUGAAGGUGCUCACGCCAAACUUAAGCAAUAUUUGCAAGUUUCUACAGGAGAUUUAAGGGAAGUGAAAGAGAAAAUUUGUCUUGCAGUUGAGCAUGAAUUUAAUGAGAUUAAGGUCAAACUCUCAAGUGAGAAACUUCAAGUUCCUCACGAUUGCAAUAUGUUAUUUUUUAAAGAGCUUCUUUAUCACAUUUCUCACUUUGCCUUAAAGGAGAUAAAUAAGCAAUAUCUAGCUACAAAAGAGGGUAGUAUAACUCCAUGCACCGCUACCUUUAUAACAACUAUGGGUCUUCCAUGUGCUCACAAAAUAAAAUAUUGGCAAGAAACUACUUUUUCGUUGGAUUUAAUCCAUCCUCAUUGGAGGAUUGACACACUAUCGCUAAAUUUACAAAAUGAUUUGCAUGAUGAAGGAACCGGUAGAUUCAAUGAGUUGCUUAACGAAUUGUGUUUGGCGUAUCAAAGGUGGCCCUUAAACAAGAAAGAACAUGUAUUUUCAGUGAUCACUAAACUUUUGAACCAAUCUGAUACCGUUUUUGAGCCCGUGAUUCAACGACCAAAAGGAAGACCUCCAAAAUCAAAAAAAGAAAAAAGGAAUAACUUCCACAACACGAGAUCCUUCAAGAUUUGA